AUGUCCCCUGCGUCGAUGAGAAGCAAAAUCCAGCUGAUCCAAACCCUAUCUUCGAGGGCUCUUGAAAAGAAAAUAGCCUGGAAACAGAAGUCAAGAGCAAAGUGGCUCAAUAAGGGCGACAAGAACAGCCGCUACUUCCACAGAAUUGCUAACAUCCAUGCCAGCUGCAACAAAGUUUCCAGCCUAGACCACCUCCGGAUAGAUAGCAUCUCGUCGGACGAAGCUUCUCAGCUGGAAGCACCAUUUUCAAUUGAAGAGGUGAAGUCUGUAAUUGAUUCUCUCAGCAGUGAAAAGGCCCCAGGGCCGAAUGGUUUUCCCAUUAUGUUUUUCCAACGUUGUUGGAAGGUCAUAAGGGCAGAUGUGAUGGCUUUCUUCAAGGAGUUCUUUGAUAGAGGCAGACUGUCCAAAGGUUUAGGAGCAUCCUUCAUCACCCUUAAUCCCAAAAUGCCAGGGGCUGCCUCCUUUAAGGACUUCAAAUCGAUCAGUUUGGUUAGAGGGCCAUACAAAAUCCUGGCGAAAGUUCUCACCUCUUGGCUCAAGCAGGUGAUCGACAGGGUUAUUUCAGGCCACCAAAGCGCCUUCAUAACCGGGAGACAGAUAAUCGACAGCGCGUUAAUAGCAAAUGAGUGUCUUAAUUCAAGCCACCGAUCUGAGGUGAAGAGUCUGGUGUGUAAGAUAGAUAUCGAGAAAGCUUACGAUCAUGUCGAUUGGAAUUUCCUCGACUACAUGAUGAAGAGGAUGGGUUUUGGGGACAAAUGA